AUGGCCAUACGUAAUCGACUUGUCGGGACCGUUGUCAUAUUCGGUAUUCUGGUUACCCUCAUUGCUAUCCAGCAGCAUUUGAACGUUUUGCUCGACAUUGCGCGCACCUAUUCCACAUUUUAUCCACUCCUGCAGAGCCACCCGGACUUGAUAUACAGAUACCCUGCCCCAGCUCUGACGGUCGAAGCGCCGCCCAAGAUUAUACACAGUGUCGCUCUCGGAAACGUCAACAUUGACAGAUACCAUGACGCUAUGGCAAGCUGCCGACAGCUACACUCGGACUGGGAAUUCAAGCACUGGACCGACGACAAUGCCACCGACUUUAUUAUGCAGCACUACCCAAGGGUAUUUCCACACUAUUGCGGCUACUAUCAAGAUAUUCAGCGCGCCAACGUCCUGCGCUACGCUGUUCUGCAUCACUAUGGCGGCGUCUACCUCGAUCUCGACGUGACGUGCCUGGUCGCGCUAGAUAGCACACCCCUGAUGCGCCUCCCCUUUGUGUCGCCAGGCGCGCACCCUGCCGGUGUGAAUAAUGCAUUUAUAAUAUCCCAACAAGGCCAUGCGUUUCUGUCACAUCUCCUCAGAUCGGUGCCGUCGCAUGAUGUGCAUUGGGGGUGGCCCAUUCGUCUACCUUAUGUCGAAAACAUGUUUAGCGCAGGCUGCAUGUUCUUUUCCAACAUGUGGAUGAGCUACGCGCGUGCGCUGGUAUCCGGUCGUGCCCUGGACAAGGUGCACGUUCUGGGUGACGAGAAUGGCAGACUGGCGCCGCACAUGCUUCGAGGCUUGGUGACGACGCCACUCAUGGCUCAUGGCGGUGCUAGCAGUUGGCACGGAUGGGACGCCGCUCUCAUUCUGACCAUUGGCAAAUACUACCUCUUUGUCGUCAUUGCGGCUACUCUCGCGGCUACUCUCGUCAUCAUCUCGCUGGUUCGCUACUGUCUUUGUGGGCGGGUGCGACGACGCAGGAUGUCUGGGUAG